GAUUUCUCGAUUUCCAGUUUUGAAGUCUCUUGCGAUGUGAGCAUUUAGUGAAGUAGUGGAAGGCACUUUGAGCAGCAUCCUUUUGGUCUGCUCCAAUUUGCAAAUUGCAAACUCCUCAAAUGUAGCAAGAUCUUGGCAAGCAGCAACUUGGAUUAGGUCGAAACUGCUUCUGAGAGCUGCAGAAUUCCAUCAUAGCUUGCAGAUCAGAUGUGCGAAGCUGCGCUCUGCUACUUGAACUUCUGUCGGCGGAGCAAUCAAUCAACUUGAGAGGGGAUGGAAUCGUCAGCCGCCCUGUUGAUGUCCAAGCGGUCAUCAUUCUACACCUCAAGUGUCGUCAACAUUUCCUGCAAUCAACGAAGUGCUCCGAUCGGACAUUUUGCUCCGGCUGCCAUCACAAGGGCCAGCCAGAUUCAAACGAGGAAGCUGAACGCUGUGAAGGGAAACCCCCUGAGGCGGGAUUUUCUACCGUCGCACCAGCCAUCAAAUCUGGCGACCCGCGAGAGCUGCUUCUUUGGCCAGGGUGGUGCAAGGCGGUUGGCAGGGGCAUCGGGUGCAUCUCGGACUCUCAUCAAUGUUCGGAGCCGGAUUGUAGGAUCAUCCUUCAAGACCGAACCGGCUGCGUCAGAAUCAGCACCUGGGGAGCGCGCCGGUGGUGUGCUUGAGGGCGAGAAUGGCACCCUUGCCAACAGCAGCGAUGUGGAGGCCCUCAGGGCGGCCCUGCAGGCGGCAGAACAGAAGGCCAAGGCGGCAGCCACGGAGAAGGAGAAAGCUCUGCAGGCUCUGCAUGACGCGGAGAAGCGCAUUGAAGAGUACGCAGCCAACAUGAUUGCAACCGCUGAGGAGGCAAUGAAUGAGGUGGAGGGCGCCAAGGAAACGUUCCGUGCAGAACUAGAGCGCGUGAGCCAGGAGAAGCGCGAGGUGGAGGCCAAGCUGGCUGAGGCUCAGAGCGAUGCUGUGCAGCUUGCUGUGCGCGUCGAAGAGAUGGCCGUGAGCGCAAUCAAGGAAAGGGCCGAGGCCUCGGCAGAAGACGCCUCGUACCGCAUCGCGCAAGCGCAGGCCAUGGCCGCAGAUGCAAAGGUUGCAGUCGAGCAGCGCAUCCGGAAGGCGGCAGACGAGGCCGCCGCGGCGGUGAUUAACGAGGCGCGGGCGACAAUCGAGGACGCGCUCGCAGCUGCGUCGCUGGCGCAAAAGCAGGCGCGCUCGGCGGAGGCCGCGCUGCAGGACAACAUGGGGGUGUUGGACAAGUUGGCGCAGGCGGAGGCGGAUGCGAGUCGGUCGGAGCAGGCGCGCGCAAGGCUGGAGAGCGAGCUCCGCGUUGUGCAGAUGGAGGUGCAGCGGCUGCGGGAUGAGGUGAUCCAAGCGGAGGCGAGGGCGAAGUCCGCGGAGGCGCGCAUUGCGGCGGCGGAAGCGGCUGUGGCGGAGAUCCAGCGGAAUAGCGAGGAAGUGGCGGGGAGGCGGGAGAAGGAGCUGGCGGGCGCGCUGGAGUCGUUCAAGCUCGCGGCGCAGGCCAAGGAGGACGCGGUGCGCAUCGCGUACGAGAACGAGAACGAGAAGCUACGCAAGGCGACGGAGGCGGCGCAGAACGCGGCGAAGAUGAAGGAGACGAGCUGGGAGCGGCGGUACCGCGCGCUGGAGCAGGCGCUGCGCGCGUCGGAGCAGCAGGUGGACGCGUGGCGCGCGAGGGCGGUGGCCGUGGAGGAUCUGAUGAAGCAGGUGAAAGCCAAGGGCUUCGACGUUCUGCGCGAGGCGGGCGAGGCGCGCGACCUCUUCAACGGCGGCCGCAUGAGCAACAUGCUGCUGUCGGACUCGCAGCGGUGGGAGCUGCUGGCCAACGGGCCUCGCCGCGACUCGCCCUUCAAUGUGCCCAAGUACGGGCUACCCACCCGCAGCAGCCAGCCUGCUAUUGAUGACGUUCCGGUGGAGCUGCCAUCGCCGGAUUCCGUCUGGUCCAUCGCCGACUUCAUCAUCCCGACCCCUGCGCCCGUCAAGCCCGAAGAGAAGGAAGAGCUGACCCGGGAGGUGGAAGACCGAGUGGCCAUUGAGAAGGAGCGGCAGCGCUUGGAGCGCAGGAUGCUGCGCCACAAGCGGGAGAAGCCGGGCGAGUCCGAUGUUGGAACCGACGACACUUGGGAGUCUGGCACGGGUUCCGGGGAGGAGAUCGUGUUCCAGGGCUUUCACUGGGAGAGUCACCGCCACCCGUGGUACCAGGAGCUGGCUGCCAAGGCCGGCGACCUCGCCGAGUGCGGCUUCACAACCGUUUGGCUGCCCCCGCCUACCGAGUCGGUCGCCCCGCAGGGGUAUAUGCCUGUCGAUCUCUACAAUCUGAACACUCCGUACGGCUCGCAAGAGGAGCUUAAAAAGUGCAUAGACGCGAUGCACGAGCACAACAUCCAGGUUUUGGGCGACGUCGUUCUGAACCACCGCUGCGCAUCGAAGCAGAGCCCCGACGGCACGUGGAACAUCUUUGGCGGCAAGCUCGCGUGGGGCCCCAACGCGAUCGUGCGCGACGACCCCAACUUCAAGGGGCAGGGCAACCCGUCGAGCGGCGACAUCUUCCACGCGGCGCCCAACAUCGACCACUCGCAGGAGUUUGUGCGUCACGACAUCAAGGGUUGGCUCGAAUGGCUCCGCAAGGACAUUGGAUACGACGGCUGGCGUCUCGACUUCGUCAGGGGCUUCUGGGGCGGCUGGGUGAAGGAGUACAUCGAGUCCAGCAAGCCCAGCUUUGCCAUCGGCGAGUACUGGGACAGCCUGGCGUACGAAAACGGGCAGGUCUGCUACAACCAAGAUGCACACCGGCAGCGGAUCAUCAACUGGAUCAACGCCACCGGGGGCGCUGCUUCAGCAUUUGACGUUACGACCAAGGGCAUCCUGCACUCGGCGCUGCACAACGAGUACUGGCGCCUGAUCGACCCCCAGGGCAAGCCCCCCGGGGUGAUGGGCUGGUGGCCGUCUCGCGCGGUCACCUUCCUCGAGAACCACGACACCGGCUCCACCCAGGCACAUUGGCCUUUCCCUCGGGACAAGCUGCUCCAGGGAUACGCCUACAUCCUUACCCACCCCGGAACGCCCACCGUGUUCUACGACCACCUGUACGACUUCGGCAUGCACGACCAGAUCGCUGACCUCCUCAAGGCGCGCAUCCGCGCCGGCAUCAAGUGCCGCAGCCCAAUCAAGAUCCUGCACGCGACGAUGGAGGGGUACGCUGCCGUCAUCGACAAGAAGCUGUGCAUGAAGAUUGGGCACCUCGACUGGAGCCCAGCCAAGGAGAACAACCUCGAGGGGCGAUGGGGGAGGACGCUAGACCGAGGGACGGACUACCAGAUCUGGGAGAAGGAAUGAGUUGAUUGCGGGCCCGGCAGGACAAACGUACGGAUGGAUUGUACACUCGGGCGCUAGCGAUUGGUUUGCAUGGCUGCAGAUUGAUGUGUUGCGGUGUUGAAGCAACAAAGUAUUGUUUCUGCGCUACAGCGGCAGCAGCGGCGGGCAUAAUGAACAAGUAUUGGGGUUCAAAUACUAGGUACGCAGCUACCUAUCGGUCCGACUUUGCACUGAUGUGACUUGUUUUCAAUUGAGUUUCGAGCAUUUGCACCAGGAUGUAUGCUAGCUAAAGCUGCUCAAGCCCACCGGGUGUAAUCCGACGAGGUAGCUGCAUUAACACGACCGGUAGUAGGCUGUCAGAAGUUGGUCAGGGAUCUCAGGAAAGUAGAAAACACGAAAAUGACUUGGAAGGAACUAGCAGAGCCGCAAGUAAUCCC